UUUAAAACUUGUUGCUGUUUUCGAGUCCAGCAUACACUCUACCUUGCCUUCAUUAGCAUCAUCCUUGACACGAGAUAGAUUGAGACGACGAUCUUCUGCACUUUUUUUCGUUCCUCAACCCCUGAGAAAAAGCUAAGGCUGAAAGAUGGGUUUUUUGGGAGCCUUGUUCUCUUCUUCCUACUAUGUCAACAUGAUUUUGCUCUUCCUUCUCUUCCUCAAUGGCGAAUCUCUAGGGAUCUCCCCACAUUGUUUGAGAGACGAGGACCAAACAGUAGCACCAAGCUGUAACAUUUUCCAGGGAAGUUGGGUCUUCGACGAUUCAUACCCUCUCUACGAUUCAUCAAAGUGUUUGUUUUUAGACCGUGGGUUUGAUUGCCUCAAGAAUGGCAGACCUGAUCAUACAUAUCUCAAAUAUAGAUGGCAACCACUUGGCUGUGACCUCCCCAAAUUUGAUGCGACAAAAUUUCUCUCGCAGUUGAGAGGAAAGAAGAUGAUGUUCGUUGGCGACUCUCUUGGGCACAACCAAUGGACAUCACUCAUGUGCAUGCUCACAGCAGGGGUGCCAAGUCCCAGGACCCAGUUUGUACGAGGAAAUCCAAUGGCAAAGUUGACAUUCCUGGAUUAUGAUUUCUCAUUGAUGUUCUAUUGGGCUGCCUAUCUGGUGGACAUCGUAGCAGAGAGCGACGGAAGAAUCCUGAAACUAGACUCCAUUAGUCAACACGGCCAAUCCUGGAAAGGCAUCGACAUUUUGGUCUUUGAUUCACAGCGUUGGUGGGAAGCGCACAGAACCCCAAGUGAACAAGGAUGGGACUACAUGGAGGUGGGGGGUCGGUUAUUCAGAGAUAUGAACCGAUCGGUUGCCUACGAGAUUGCACUGAAGACAUGGGCAGAGUGGGUAGAGUCGGACGUAGAUCCGGAGACGACGAAGGUGUUUUUCCAAGGCAUGCCUGCUCACCAUCUCAACGCUGCAGAAUGGAACGGCACAGGCAGGCACGGGUGCGAAGGUGAAACCCAGCCAGUGGAAGGUUCAACCUAUCCGGCUGGGCGCCCUGCCUUCCAGCUGGUGCUGGACCGCGUCCUCGCCGGCAUGACUAGGCCGGUGUCUCUCCUGGACAUAACGACCCUAACUCAGCUCCGGAAAGACGGCCACCCUUCUAUCUACAACAAGGACCGCGCUACAGGAGCCGUCGACUGUUCUCACUACUGCGUGGCCGGCGUUCCUGAUGUUUGGAACCAGCUCCUAUAUGCUUCCCUGUUUUCUUCCUAAUGAUCAAUUGAACUUCACUAAGUAUAGAAAAUGCGUGAGAUGAUGGCAUUGUUAUCACUCUCCCUCAUGUUCAGGUUCUCUUUAUCCUUUAUUGCUGAGGUAGAGUACUGC